AUGUUCAACAACUACCUCAAUUCCUCAACUGAACAACUCUCACGAUCAACGUUGAGCGAGUUAAUGGUACUCCAAACACCCUCAACAUCAUCCAAGCAACAAAAAGAAUCUCCGAGCAAUAGAAUAGGAUUAUUUUCAGAUAACGUUUCAUCAACUCCUCUAAAGAGUGGAGAUACAUCCAACGGCAGUUCAUCUAUUGCAAGUACCAUGUUAGCAGUAACUUCAAAAUUCAUUGAAAAAACUCCUUCUAUUGUGAAAUCGGAGGCAAGAAAUUUGAUCAAGAGGCUGGAAAAUAGUUUGGAUGAGCCUCUGGAAGCAUUAGAGCAAUUGUAUAAUUUAAGCAUGUUUUGUAAGUUUCAUGAUUUAGUUCAUCCAGAGCCAACGUAUUUGUUUUUAGUCUCACAUAGACAGAGCAUGGUACAAGAUUGUGGUAUUAUUUCAACCCUCACUCUAGUGCUUAAAACAAAGGAAAAUAGAUUCAAGGAGUUAGCCGCAAGAGCUCUUCAAUUAUAUGCUCAAGAUGGAGAGGAAUGUUGUAUUGCCAUGAAACGAUUGAAUAUGUGCAAUUCUUCACUAGAAAUUAUUACCAAAACUGACGAAUUGAAUGUAAAAAUACCUGUUGUUGGUCUCGUCUAUUGGUUAUGUCAAAAUCCCUCAUGCAAGAAGGAGUUUGUAGACUUGGGAGCAGACACUUUUUUGAGGGACAUCGCUAACAAGAACAAGGAUCCCCUUCUAUCCAAGUAUUUGAAUUAUGUACUUCAUAGUCUCUCGUUUAAAGUUAAAAGUAGAGAGGAAUUGCUGAACGAAAUUCUGUUACAGCAGCAGGAGCAGUCAUUGCUCAUGUCCAGCCUCUCAAAGGAUGACAAGAGCUUGCUCAACAACUCAUCCUCGCAAAUCACAACAGAAAAGAUCUUCACUCCCUAUGUAACACCAUCACCAAGACAUUUCUUCAAUUUGGCCCGAGCCAAUCCUGCGACAACAUCACCAACCAGGAAAAAAUUAGAAUUUUCAACACCCUCAAAAGCGAUCUCGGAUCAGAAAUCAAGCAGUUCCACAUCAUUCUCCCAGACAGAGUUGAAACCUGAACUUGUCUAUGAGGAGUCAAGCACAGAAACUGAAGAGGAAGCAUCGUUCAAAAAAUAA